AUGAAUCUUUCACCAAUUCAAGAGGAGAAUAAUUUAAAUAGUAAAAAUGAUAAUGAUAUUGAUAAAUUACAUAAAAAAUUAGAUAUCCAUAUAAAAAAAGAGGAUAAUAGUGGUUGUGGUAACCAAAUAAGUGGUGGAGAAGAGCAGCAUCACCUCCACAAAAAUGUAAAAUCUGGAGAUGGGGUUUUUAUUAACCCAAAUCAUAAUUUAUAUAAUCCAAACCUUCAACAUAACAACUUAUCCAAUACUCAAUAUAUCCACAAUCCAAACCAACAAGAAAUAAGUGUUUCUCAAAGACAAAUGGGUGGAUAUAUAAAUACUACACCAACAAUGGAAUCUCAACAAUAUCCUUUUUUUGAUUUAAAUAAUAAUAAUAAUAAUAAUAAUAAUAGUAAUAAUAAUACUAAUAAUAAUAGUAAUAAUAAUUUAAUGAAUAAUAAUAAUGACUACAACUAUUUAAUGGAUACAUAUAAACAACCCUCUCCCCAUCAAAUUAAUCAACGUCCGAAUCAAUCUUCAAACCAGUCAACUCCUUCUUUUUCAUGUAAUAAUACAAAUUAUAUUGACCAUUAUCAAAACAUUGAUCUAAUGAAUCAACAACAACAACAACACCAACAACAACUACACCAACAACAACAACAACAAUCACACCAACAUAUGAACUCGCCAUACCAACCAUCGCAACAACCACACUAUAAUCCCCAACCCCCACAGCAGUAUCAAUACCAUCAAUCAACUACUUUUACUUCAAUCGAACCUACAAAAAAUAUUAAUAAAAACCAACCAAUUAAUAUGGACCAACAACAAACUCAACAACAACAACAACAACAACAACAACAACAACAACAACAACAACAACAACAACAACAACAACAACAACAACAACAGCAACAACAACAAUAUCAAGUUCAACAAACUCCUUCAUCCCCAUCUCACCAUGCAAACCUAUUGUUUCAAAGUAAUAUUCAACCAUUUUUACAAAACAAUAUGAUAUCACAUAAUCAACCACCACCAAUACAAUCGCCAUUCCUUAAUAGCCCAAUGAUUCAACAACAACAUGUCUCUCCCCAACAGCCAUCACACCAAUCACAACAACAACAAUCGCACCAACCACCUCCACAACAACAACAACAACAACAACAACAACAACAACAACAACAACAACAACAACAACAACAACAACAACAACAACAACAACAACAACAACAACAACAACAACAACAACAACAACAACACCACCACCACCACCACCACCACCAUCAACAACAACAACAACCGCAACCAAUUCAACAAUCACCAAAUAAAAAUUAUCAAAGAUCCCCAAAGAGUCUUUCAAUGUCAAAUUACCAAAUUAGUAAUAAUAAUAAUAGCAAUCAACCAUCACCAAAUAAAAAUCCAUUAAGUAUUAGUGAUGGUAAUAUACCUUCUCCAAUGAUAUCUUAUUCUUCAUCUUCAUCAACACCAAUUACAUUUAUCAAUAAUAUGCAUCAACAACAAUUUUUACCAACUCCAUCAUAUACUCCAACCCUAUUGAAAGAUACAAUUGAUGAUAUAUUGCUAUCUUCAUCAUCCAUGAUAUCUUCAUCAGUUUCAACCUCAUCAGUUUCUUCCUCAUCUUCGACGUCUAUGUUAAAUAAUAAUUCUAAUAAUAAUAAUAAUAAUAAUAAUAAUAAUAAUAAUAAUAAUAAUAAUAAUAAUAAUAAUAAUAAUAAUAAUAUUAAUGUAAAUAGUAAUAUAAAUAAUAAUCCAAACAGUCAAAACAAUAAUAAUAAUAAUAAUAAUAAUAAUAAUAAUAAUAAUAAUAAUAAUAAUAAUAAUAAUAAUAAUAAUAAUAGUAACCCAAAUAAUAAUCCAAAUAAUAAUUCAAAUAAUAAUCCAAAUAAUACUAAUAAUAAUCCAAAUAAUAAUCCAAAUAAUAAUCCAAAUAAUAAUCCAAAUAAUAAUCCAAAUAAUAAUCCAAAUAAUCCAAAUAAUCCAAAUAAUAACCCAAAUAAUAAUCCAAAUAAUAAUAAUAAUAAUUGUAAUAAUACUAACACUAACACAAAUAACAAUUCUAAUAAUACUAGCAAUAAUAAUAUUAACAAUAGUAAUAAUAACAACAAUAGUAAUAAUAGUAAUAAUACUCCUUCAUUAUGUUCAAGUACCCCAGCCAACAAGCCAACUUUAUCAAGAGAAUUAUCAGAUGUUGAUAAGAAUAGUUCAAUUGGAUUAAAAGAAAAAGAAGAAGUUGCAAGAAUAGCCUACAAAACAUGGUUUAUUAUUAAACCUGGAAAUAAAGAAGUAAAGGAUAAAUGGUGGUCUUUAUAUUAUACUAAAAUUCUUCCAAAAUUUCAUUUAAGAGAUAAUCAUUUAGGUCGUAAAAUUAAUCAAUGGAUUGAAGAGGAUAUGAAAGAUUUAGAAAAGAAACAAGGUGGAACACCAAUUACUGAAACCGAGGAAUCAUCUGUAACAACUCCAGAUUCAAAAAAAAGAAAACCAAAUUCAACCAAAGAAGGAACACAACCUGCUUAUAUAAAUGUCCAAUUAGUAAAUCCUGACCCCAGCACUGAUAAAGAAAAUAUUAAAAAUCUUGCUGAAUAUUGUGUUAAUAAAUCAAUUUUUUGGACAGAACCAGAAUUGGAAAAUUUAAUUACAAUUUUUAAAGAUAAUAGAGUUAAAAUAAUGGAUAAUAUUAUAUCUCAAACUAAAAAGAAAUCAAAUUCAACCAACAAUCUAGCAAGUCCAAACACAACUCCUUCUUUAAUAUCAUCACCAAUACCUGCCAACUCAAUAAUUGGAAUUAAUUCAGGAAAUAUAAGUAGUCCAAGUAAUAUUGGAAGUGGUCUCAACAAUAAUAAUAAUAAUAAUUCUACUACCAACAACAACAACAACACAAAUAAUAAUAUUAGUAAUAGCAAUAUUAGCAAUAUUAGCAAUAACAGUAAUAGUAAUAGUAAUAGUAACAGUAAUAGUAAUAAUAAUAAUAACAAUAAUAAUAACAGUGGUGGUAGUAGUAGCAGUACUAGUAACACAGUUUAUGGUGGUGGUGAUUCACCAGUUUUAAAACACUCUUUAACAUCAUCAUUUAAAACUAAUCCUUCUAAAAAACACCACAAGAAAAAUAAAAACAAAUUAAAUGAAAUUAAUGCAUCAUUUACAUCAAACUGUGAUUGGAUUAAUGGAGAAAUUGAUCAAUGCAAUGACUUUUAUUGGGUUAGAUUAGAUUUACCUGGUAUUGAACCAACUAACAUCUCAAUUAAAACAGAUGAAGCAACUUGUAAAAUUUUAGUUAGUGGUGAAAAAAUUGAAGAAUCUAAAAAAAUAUUAACAACAACUGGAAAGAGAAAAUAUGGAUCAUUUGAUAUUGAAGCUAAUUUACCAACAAAUACAAAUGUCUCAAAAAGUGAACAUUUUUUUUCAAAUGGUCAAUUGUCAAUAAAAUCUCCAAUUAUUUCCUCAACCCUUCCACCACCAAUUCCACCACCAAUUCCAAGUAAUAAUAAUAACAAUAUCAAUAACAAUAACAAUAAUAAUAACAAUAACAAUAACAAUAACAAUACAAAUAACACAAAAAAUAUAAAUAAUAAUAUACAAAGUACGCAAUCCACAUUAUUAUUCCCUAUUCAACCAUCAUGUUCUUCAAGUGCAUCGUUACCAAUACCUUGA